GGUACAAUUCGACAGGACCGCUACUUGAGUUUUUAGAAUCGCUGUCCUGAUGUCAGACCGGAAAGCGGAGUUAGAGCGAAAAAAAGCAAAGCUUCUUGCUAUGCGAGAGGAAAAAAAGAAAAGAGAGGAAAUAAAGAAAACUGGUAUUUACGAUGCUGAAGUCUCAGACAUACGUCAAACGACUGAGGAAUUAUUAAAAGAUCUUGGCUUACCUGAACCCGUAGUACCUCAGGCUAGUAACAUACGUGAACUAGAAUCACCGUCUCUUGAUACGAUUGAUGGCGUGCUGUGAGUUUUUCUUAUCAGUUUUUUGCCUAUCGAUCGGUGUAUGCAUUGUAAGGCGAUCUGGUUUAUUUACAGUAUAUAUUUUCGAUUUCUUUCACCUUUCAUGGUUACAUCAGUUGUGGAAAAAUGAUCCAUCUGAACACCAGGGGACACAUACGCCGUUAAUAAAUUAAGGUUAUGGAAAGCUGAAGGCUUCUUUGUUAAACGUCUUUUUCCGAAUGUACAUAUUAAAAGCUUUUUGUUAGUUAUGCUAAAACGAUUUGCGUCCAGUCGUCAGUGCUUCUUAAUCUUUCGAAAACGUAGUUUGAAAUUGGCUUGCAAUACUGUUUACUGAUAUGUUCUGUUUUCACUGUUAUUUUCGUUGCAAAUAAGCUGCUAAACAGGCAUGCGAAACCAGCAUAUAGUUUUUCUACAGAUAUUUAGUGUGGAAAAUUUGUUUGUUUGACUAAUGCCAAAAACGUUGUCCCAUUUCUCAUCUGUUUACUCCAUGCUUUUAUUAGCUCUGCUGUCAACUUCGGAUACAAACAACUUUUUAAUUCGUUAGUGUGAAUAUCUGCCACGCACAUAAAUGAAAAGAUAUUUUGGCAAACCCUAAUUUAGGCAAGAUAAACAAAUAGUUUAACUAUCACAAAAUCACACUCAAGAAAACUUUCAGCUUCGCUUUUCCGCUAACUACAGUGAAAUAUCGCAAAGUGAAUUUGCUCUGAUGUCAUGGAUUGCAAGAUGAUGACAAUUGUUUCCUUACUCAAUACUCAUGAAUUUAGGAUGAUUUCAUAUGCCUUUUCCUUAUUUCUGCCACACUUUAUUGUUAGCCAACGUAAUUCCAAGAAACGGAAAAAUUUGCAAGUUUCUGAUGUUUUUGAGAUUGCGAUUCCUCCUCCGGAAACCAUAAUUUAUAGCAAAGAAACUCAGACUCUAGAAGAACCUCAAGAACGGGAAACAGGUCGUUCAACUGAUUAUUAUGUAUUAACAUACGAUGAAGGUAAUCGUGAUGAAGUGGAUGCCAAUGCUGCGUUAGCGGAACUGGAAAAGAUGCCUCAUAUCGGUGUCACUAAAACUGGACAAUCUCGUGGAAUAUUAGAUAAAAUUGAUGGAAUACGGACAAGUACUGAUGGUGUUGACGAGAAUACCUCAAAUGAUAUUCAACGUAAUGAUAUUAUCCUAAUGUCAGAGGAGGAAAAAGCUCAAUUAUUAUCAUCCGAUGCUUUUCUACGCUUUUUUGAACGUUCUUCACGUAUAAUUGAACGAGCGAUUUGUCAUCCAGAUGAAGGUAUCUUUUUGGAUUAUUCCGGUCAAGAUCUUGAAACUGAAGAGUCUGAUGAAUUGCUAACUGUAUCGAAUGAAUUUUUUGAUGAAAGAUGGUCUAAACAUCGUACAAUCACUGGUUUAGAUUGGUCAACUAUAUUUCCAGAAUUAUUACUUACAGCAUAUCAUAUGAAUGAAGAAGCUGUUCAUGAACCUGAAGGUGUUUGCUUAAUGUGGAAUAUGAAAUAUCCAAAGAAAUUAACACCGGAAUUUACAUUUCAUUGUCAAUCCCCAGUUACAUCGGCUAGUUUAUCACGUUUCCAUCCAAACAUUGUAGUUGGUGGUACUUAUUCUGGACAGAUUGUCUUAUGGGAUAGUCGAGUCAAUAAACGAACACCAGUUCAGCGUAGUCCAUUAACAUCAUGGGCUCAUACCCAUCCAGUAUUUGCAAUUACACUAAUUGGUACUCAGAAUGCCCACAAUAUUAUUAGUUUAGGAUCAGAUGGCUCAUUGUGUGCAUGGAGUUUAGAAAUGUUAGCACAACCACGAGAGAAAAGUAAAGUUUGUGAAAUGUCUUCUGGUGGUCUGUUCGAUCUUUAUCCUACAUGUAUGUCAUUUUUUGCUAAUGAUGUGAAUAAUUACGCUGUUGGUGCUGAAAAUGGUAAUGCUUAUUGUGGACAACGGCAUAGCAGUCGUACGGGUGUUGCUGAAGAAACUUCACGUCAUGUUCCAUAUAAAGGACAUGGUGCACCUCUUACAGCCAUCUCUACUCAUCCAAGUCCUGGUGCUUUUAGUUUUUCAUCGCUGUUUCUUACUGCAUCAUUAGAUUGGACUGUACGUUUAUGGCCUACACGUGAACAUAAACCUAUACAUACAUUUGAUGAUUAUUCGGAUUAUGUAUAUGAUGUAUGCUGGAGUCCUAUACAUCCGGCUGUAUUUUCCGCUGUUGAUGGUACUGGAAAUUUAGAUAUAUGGGAUAUGAAUCAAGAUGCUGAAAUUCCUGUGGCUCGUCGCAAAUUAGGAUUAUCAAGCAAUGUAGACACAUCUUCAUCGUCAUCAUCUGGUCUAGUUGGUGUUGCUUUAAAUAAAUGCCGUUGGAAUAUUGCAGGCACACAUGUAGCUGUUGGAGAUGAUACCGGUCGUGUUACUGUUUGUAAUGUUCACGAAAGUCUUUCUCAACCUGCCACUGAUGAUUGGUCUAGUUUCGCACAUGUAUUAUCUGAUCUUAAACACUAUGAAAUGGAGCCAGAAGUAGAAACAGAAGCAUAAUCUUGGUUUAAGGCCUGAUUUUCUCUAUUUUUUUUGUAUUUCUGUGAAUCAUACAUACCUCUUCUAUGUAACACCAAUCAGCUUCAAUCUUAUUUUAGGUUGUUUUGAGAACUGAAGUUGCAUUUGUAAGUUGACAUUAACAUAUUUGGUUUUCAUGACAAUUGAUAAAGUACUUUAAUAUAGGGGUUCCGUUUAAAAAAUAUCUUUAAAAGGCUGUGUUGGGUUUCUUUCUUUUUUUUUUAGAAAAAGCUUCUAUGACUUGUAUUUUGUUUUAUUUUGGUCCUAUCUAAUUAUGUAAGUAGUUUAAGAUGACAGUGUGCAAUGGAGUUCUCAAUUUCUUCACUUUUAUUCAAAUUUUUGUUAUUUGUGAUAAUGCUCUUAAAUUUCAUAAUAUUUUGUCUAACUCGGUUACUUUUGAUGCUUCCUUAUAAUUAUCAUAAAUAAUACUGAGUAAU